ACAUACAUUCCAUAAUAAUCUGUUGCGUGUUAAGAAGACGAGGGAUAUCGCCAUGUCGGCAACGGGUCCUAUAAGCAAUUAUUACAUGGAUUGCUUGAUAAAUCACGAAAAUGAAGAAGUACUGAUGACGCGUUUCUCGGCAUCUGAGGUACUGCCACCCGGCUCGCGUCCAUCGCCCCUUGUAGCAGAGUACUCGGAAUUCCCUUCGUGCAGCUUCGCACCCAAAGCUCCUGUCUUCACUUCGUCUUGGGGCCCUGUACAUUCCCAGAAAUCCGUGGUAUACCAUCCCUAUGGUCACCAGCCUCAUUUAGCUGCAGAUUCGAGGUAUUUGCGGUCAUGGCUUGAACCCAUCUCAGGGACCAUAUCUUUUCCAGGCUACCCGAGCAACAGCAGACCUUAUGGAUUGAAAGCUAAUGGUUUUCCAGAACACAAACCUGUCGAAUGCAUUGCCGCCAACGAUCGCAGCAACCGGGAGUAUUAUUAUUGUCCAUCGUGGGAUCCCAGAGAAAAGACGAAACAGAUCAGCUCUUCUCUAGAACUGGAUGCGCUGGUCUCUGGCACGAUUAAAGAGGAUAAAUCUGAGUUAGAUCAGAAUAACCCUGUGGCCAAUUGGAUACACGCGCGAUCAACGAGAAAGAAAAGGUGUCCCUACACUAAAUACCAAACUCUAGAACUGGAAAAGGAAUUUUUAUUUAAUAUGUACCUUACCAGAGACCGUCGGUAUGAAGUGGCGCGUCUUCUAAAUCUUAACGAACGACAGGUCAAAAUUUGGUUUCAAAAUCGACGCAUGAAAAUGAAGAAAAUAAACAAAGAUAAGACUGAAUGCUGUGAGUAGUGCUCGUAGCAGAAUACGAAACGGUAUUGGACAAUGGACUGAAACACCACAUCAGCAAGAAGCAAGAGCCAGUUAUAUAUUGUUGAGGAAACUCUUAUUCAUAGUCGCCUAUUGGACGUAGGUCUAGACACAACCCACUACAAAACUUAAGUUCUAAAUAUACUCCUUUAAAUCCAACUUCCCAUUGGGUCUAUACAUAUAGGCUAUUGCUUUUUACCUUUACGUAAGUUAAAUGUUUGUUAAUGAGAAUCUGCAGGUGAGCGUCUGAAAAUCGGCCUGUAUGUAGGCUAUGUGUAGUCUGUGGCUAUUUAAAAGCCUGUAUAUUUUUUUUAGCUUUAGCAGUUUUAUAAGCUUGGUAAUAUACUGUUUAAAAAUGACUAGAUAUGAUGAGAAAUAUUAAAAAUAAGAAACCCACUUUCGUCCUUA